ACGCAUUCGGCCCUGAUUGGGCCACGCACGUCACAUGCUCCGUAUUAACCAAUCAGAGUGGAGUGCGCUGUAAAAAAAGACAGCGCUUGCUGAGGAAAGCGACAGUGGAAGCCGGAGGUCCCGGUCGCGAGCGUUAACCCCACCCCGGAUAGCGGCUCUUAAAGCGCCUCUGAACGCCACGGCUGCACUUCGGCCCGUCUGCUGCUUCGGACUCGGACGCGAACAUGAGGUUGCUCUUUUCUGUCGCCCUCGCGGUGCUGCUGCUCCUCCUCCCGGGUGGGACGGAGGCCGAUGAGAAGAAGAAAGGGCCCAAAGUGACGGCCAAGGUUUAUUUUGACAUCCGAAUUGGAGACGAGGAUGCAGGGAGGAUUGUGAUUGGACUGUUUGGCAAAACUGUGCCAAAGACGGUAGAGAACUUCAUCGCGUUGGCAACAGGGGAGAAAGGAUUUGGCUACAAAAACAGCAAAUUCCACCGUGUUAUUAAGGACUUCAUGAUUCAGGGUGGAGACUUCACCAGAGGAGACGGCACUGGAGGUAAGAGCAUCUAUGGGGACCGCUUCCCUGAUGAGAACUUCAAGCUGAAGCACUACGGCCCAGGCUGGUUGAGCAUGGCCAACGCGGGAAAGGACACCAAUGGCUCUCAGUUCUUCAUCACCACUGUCAAAACGCCCUGGCUGGAUGGGAAACACGUCGUCUUCGGCAAGGUCCUGGAGGGCAUGGACGUCGUGAAGAAGAUUGAAGGCACCAAGACCGAUGGCAGGGACAAGCCACUGAAAGAUGUCAUCAUCCACGAGUGUGGCAAAAUUGAGGUGGAGACUCCAUUCGCCAUUGCCAAGGAGUAAACGAAAUGGGCACUGGGGUGGAGGGAAACUGGGAACUGGGUUCAGGGAACAAGGUGUUUCUCACAGGGCUGCUGUGGUUUGCCCUCUGGUUCACAUGGGGGGGGUUUAUCACCCUCCAGCAGCACGACUGCCACACCUGUACCAGGUCAUGCCUCCGAAAAAGCAUUCCAGGCAGUUGCCCGACAGUCACCUACCUGCUUUUUGUAAAGACGUGUCUUCAAUAAAGGUAGUGAAAUUUUUA